CCGCGCACGCGCACGGGCCGGCGGCGCGCGCCGAGCGGGGGGCGCCGCGCGGGUGCAGCCACGAUGGAAGGGGGUGCGUACGGAGCGGGCAAAGCCGGGGGCGCUUUCGACCCCCACACCCUGGUCCGGCAGCCGCACACGCUCCUGCGCGUCGUGUCUUGGGUGUUCUCCAUCGUGGUGUUUGGCUCCAUCGUGAACGAGGGCUACCUCAACAGCCCCUCGGAGGGCAAGGAGUUCUGCAUCUACAACCGCAACCCCAACGCCUGCAGCUACGGUGUGGCUGUGGGCGUGCUGGCCUUCCUCACCUGCCUGCUCUACCUGGCCUUGGACGUGUACUUCCCACAGAUCAGCAGCGUCAAAGACCGCAAGAAAGCCGUCCUGUCCGACAUCGGCGUCUCAGCCCUGCUCCUGAACACCUCCCUGUUCCUCGGUCUCCCCGUUCUCUGCCCGCUCUGCCUGGCCUGGCGGGCGCCCCCAGCCUUCUGGGCCUUCCUCUGGUUCGUGGGCUUCUGCUACCUGGCCAACCAGUGGCAGGUCUCCAAGCCCGAGGACAACCCGCUGAGCGAGGGGACGGACGCUGCCCGGGCCGCCAUCGCCUUCUCCUUCUUCUCCGUCUUCACCUGGGCGGGCCAGGCCGUGCUGGCCUUCCAGCGGUACCAGAUUGGCGCCGACUCGGCCCUCUUCUCCCAGGACUACAUGGACCCCAGCCAGGACUCCAGCAUGCCUUACACCCCCUACGUGGAGCCCAGCGCCGGGCCGGACCCUGCCGGCAUUGGCAGCACCUACCAGCAGCCGGCCAACACCUUCGCCGCCGAGCCCCAGGGCUACCAGUCACAGGGCUACUGAGCCACAGUGACCGCCCGCCGCCCGCCUGCCCCCGCCCUGCCCACCCCACCCCACCCCUGCUGCUGCCCCGGCUGCCCGGCCCAGCCUCACCAGCCACCGGGCCGUCCCACCGAGGCCCAGGGUGGCUUGGAGCAGGGUGCGGGCAGUAAGGUGUUGGGGGUUGUCUAGGUGUGUGUGCAAGUGUGUCGGAGGGCGCGUGUCCAGGAGGGGCCUCAGGGUGGUGAGGGCUGUUUGCUUUUAUUGUGCCAUCGAGCAUUCAUUGAGCUCUCGGCCCAGGUGGUGAAAGAGGCAGCGGUGGGCCCCGGAAAAGUGAAAGCUGGGAUGGGGAGGAAGAAGCCCUGUUGGAAGGAAAGGCAGGUGGGGGUAAUGCUGGGAAGGUUGGGCUGCAGGAGUGACUCAGCCAUAGGGUGAGUGUGAAUACCCAUGGGACACCUGGGCCUGUCACGCACCCCUCCCAGCACCCUCUCAAUUUCCACAGCAGUCCUGCUAGGGCAGUCGGGGCUGUCCCGUCUUAUGGGAGAGGAAACUGAGGCCUGGAGAGGCCAAGGUCGCUGGCCCGGAGUCGCACGGGCAGCCAGUGAUGGAGGAGAGUCCGAGCUCAGGCCCCUGGCUGCAGAGCUCCGGCCUCUCCCCGUCCUCCCUGGCCCCGGGGCUCUGCCACUCAGUGCUACUGUCAUUCUGGGGGGCCUUGGGGACCUCUGCCCUGGGAGACACCCUGAUUCUGCUGCGGGGCAAGGGACUGUUCUGCCCCAGCUGGGGCAGCCCUGCCUCCAGGCCCCCCUCCCCUCAUGCCCGGGACCCCUCCCUUGGCCCUUGGCCUCCCUCCUGAGGUUGGAAGAGCCGAGAGGGCUGGCCCUGCUCACUCAUUUUCCUGCACAUAUUCCGGGGAGCUCGGGCAACCCCCUUUGUAACCUCCCAAAGGACUAGGCACUGUCCCUCAUCUAGGCUGGGUGCACUAAGUGCUUGCCUAGGGGCUGGGUGGGCGAGGAGGCCCAGGAGGAGGAAGGGACCGGCCCAAGGUCACAGCGAGCGAGUGGCAGGGCUGGGCUUGCUGUCUUAAGUUUCUUGGCCUCAGCCACCCAGCAGGUGCCCGCAUUCCCUGCCCUUGUGGCCUCCCAGGAAACAGACCCUGAUCUGGGACACUGUGUCGUCUCUUCCUUCAUUUGAGGGCAGCCCGGGGGUCGGGAUCUGGGGCAGCCAUGGCCACAGAAGUUCCUUCCCCUGCCUUCUGCCUUGUGGGAGGCAGAUCAGAGAGGACCAGGGCUUUGGAAUCCUCUGGUGUGGGUUCCUCCGUGGCCACGUGCACGCUGCUGCCGCAGGGCCCCCGGGUGGCACGGUGAGAGCCCCUGGUGCACCAUAGGCUCCUGGGAGGCCACAGACCAUAGGGGAGAGGACAGGAGGUGUCCCUAAGAAUGGAAAGAGACUGCAGGGCCCUGAAGAGGCAGUAGUCCCCUCUGCAGGGUUGCAGCGAGUGAUUCUUGCACAAGGUGGGCUCCUGGCCGAGCCUUAGGCAGGGAGGCAGGAGGGAGCAGGGUGGUCAGACCUGGGGUGAGGUGGGCAGGAGAA